CAGCAACCAAAAUAGCAUUUUGCGAUGACGACCGUAUCCAGAGUUCGAACUUCGCAUCAUGUUCGAACACUAUCACCUACAUACCAUAAAUUCCACAGAAACAGUAUAGUGCUGCUAAAACGUUAUUUGUCGGGAGUUUCCAUGGACAAGCAAGCCGAAGCACCUCCCGAUAAUUCGAUGUCGUACGAGAAUGGCUCAUGUGUAGUUGACGUUUCCGAUCUCGCCCAGAGUAUGCGGGAGCAAGUCCGUGCUUACACCGCUAGAGUGGCUCCAGAGCGCGUGCAUCUUGCAGGCGUCUUGGCACGAAACGGUCCACACCGGUCCGACUCGGAAGUAUAUGCCGAGCGGAUUGCUGAAACGCUCGAAUCCGACGGGAUCGAUUUCACUCUUUACGAAUGCAUAGGAGAAAAACCGUCGGAUGUCUCCAAGGUGAUUCGGGAAAUGAAUGGAAGAAGCGACGUGCAUGGAAUUUUGGUCUUUUAUCCUAUCUUUAAAAAGAAUAGCCCAAUGUAUGGCAGACGGAAAGGGCCCCCUUUAAAGGACGUCGAGGGAUUAGGACACAACUACAACGCGCGCUGGAUUUUCAGAGCUCGAGGAAGGAAUCGAAUGGAACGCGAGGUUUAUAUUCCGUGCACGGCGCUCGCGGUUAUGAAAAUACUGCAAACCUAUCAUCCAUUGGAAUCUUCGGUGGCCGAAGCGCAGCAUAAACGGUGGGCGGGCUUCCGUGUGACUAUCGUGAAUCGCUCUGAAAUAUUAGGUCGACCUCUUGCAGCACUCUUGGCUUUAGAAGGAGCUUCUGUCUACUCUGUGGAUGAUUCUUCUAUUCUCGAAUUCAUGGACGGUGGUCGAAUGAGACUUCGCAAUGAUUUGACAUUGAACGAAUGCCUACGACAAUCGGCAAUCGUAGUGACUGGUGUGCCGUCCGAAGACUAUUGUUUGCCUUGUGAUAUGAUCCUUCCUGAAACUACGGUCGUCAAUAUUUCCGAGUAUGCCAACGUCGACGAAGCAGCCGUGAUCCACACACCACACAUACGCCUCAUUCCACAAAUUGGCAAAGUCACCGUGGCGGCACUUGAGCAAAAUUUAAUCUUGCUGCACCAACGAGCGAUGGCCAACAAGUAAAUUCCACAUUUAACACGGAAUAGUGAUACUAAACAGAGAGCCCUCACUGGCGACAAACAGCUGUCCUAAUUCGACAAUUUCGGCGCUUCAGCCAGUGGGCUUAGGGAACUUGAGAUUCACCACUGCAGACUUGUGUCUGAGAAUGUGAAGGCAUCAGCGUCAUGACUUCCCCUUCUACACUCAUCCGGCGUUCGUUGAGAAUAAUUUGUUCACUGAGAACAGAUCGUUGCCUUCGACUUUCUGAUGACUGCGACAAAAGAAAGCCUUCCUGCACAGCUUCCGUUUCUUCAAAGCGCCUUAGCGACUGAGUCAAGCAAUCCUCAAAAACCGAAAGAACGGUUUCUUUUUUACUCACGGCGUGUAGUAGCUCAUGCUUUACACGUAAAAGUUUGUUCUUGGAUUCUUGAACUUGCUC